AAAAAAAUUUAGAUCCGCCCAGUGACAUUCCCGUUUCCGGCUCUCUCCGAAAUUUCUUAGAUUGCUUCUGUGUCAGAGAAAUCAGUGCAACAAAAAUGGACGACACCGAAACCAAAGGAAGAAUCGAAGAAACUGUGCGUAGGAUUUUGCAAGAAUCGGACAUGGACGAGGUUACUGAGUCUAAGAUUCGAAAACAGGCCUCCGAACACCUUGGCCUCGACCUGUCUCAGCCUUAUUUCAAAGCCUUUGUCAAACAGGUCGUGAAGGCUUUUCUCCAAGAAGAAGAACAACGACAGAAACAACAACAACAAGAUGAAGAUGAAGAAGAAGAACUAGGAGGAGGUUCCAAGGGCAAGGAGUACGAUGAUGAAGGCGAUCUCAUCAUCUGCAGGCUUUCAGAUAAGAGAAGGGUGACGAUUCAGGAUUUCAGAGGGAAAACAUUGGUCUCCAUUCGGGAGUAUUAUAAAAAGGAUGGCAAGGAACUUCCUACUUCCAAAGGAAUAAGUUUGACAGAAGAGCAGUGGUCAGCCUUUAAGAAAAAUGUGCCUGCCAUAGAAAAAGCCAUUAAGAAAAUGGAGUCAAGUUGACACAUGGCUUUGCUUGUUUCUUUUUGUUGAAUAUAUCCUGCACCGCACCAUGGUGCCUCUUUGAUAUUGGACCAUUUUGUUAAAGGACUUGGAGUCACUGUUUAAGUGUUUUGCAACCUGAGUGCCUAAAGCCAUUUCAGGAAGACUAAACUGAAUGCCAGUAACUUUAAAAACUCAAUACAUUUAAUUCUGUUAUUUCCUUGAAUGCCCU